GUCUAUUUCCAGUUCCAAGAAGAAAAUGUAAACGAGGUAAAAAAGUAAAAUAAAAUAUAAUAAAUAAAGCCAUUUUUUUUUAAAUCUGCUGUGUAGGUAAAAUGUUGACACGAGCGUGAAAUGAGAACGGAAAAUCGCCUUUAGGCAAAAUUGCGAAAAAUAACGGUAGAAAUUCCGCCGGGCAUGUCUAUCGACACGAAUAUAACGAUUACGUACAACUAACAAACAUUAUUAUUUAAUUACGUAUGUGCACUACGUAUUAUGAACAGUCGUGACGGCAAUACGUCAGUCGGGCACGUUGUAAUUUGUAAUAACAAACAAAAAUAAAUAAUAAUAAUAAUACGUAAGCAUUACGCAUUACAAAUUACAAUAGUUUUAACCGUUGUACACGGCCGGCGGCCGCGUAAGGCACUCGUUAUUGUGUAGUUGUGUACGUUUACAGCAAUUUUGGUAACCACUGGUCUACCAAUUGUUUUCGUUCGGUCGAGGAAUUCAUGUGUGUAGUGCGUGCGUGCGUCUCUACGUUUGUGUGUGCGUGUGUGUGUGCUCGUAAAUAAAACAAUUUUCUCGCGAUAAUUAAAACAUUCCACUGGACUACAACUACUUCUGGAGGCGAGUAUAGAAAAAAAGAAGAAAAAAAUUUGAUACCUAGUCACACUAUUAUAGCCGUUAAAAUAAUAAUAUUUUAUUGGCUUUUUCUACUACACUCUUCUUGGUUUUCGGUUUCCCUUGGACGGCAAUACAGCAGUGUGCACUGAGCAGCUGCAGUGGUUGUCACUGGUCAGUCGUGGUCGUCACCGCCGCCCAACAACGGUCGCAGUGCCACUGAAAAGAUAUUAAGUGCAAAAUAUUAAUAUCAUCAUCGUCAUUCAUCGUCUUCACUCGUCGGCCGCGAACAGACGUGCACGCUCUCCGCUCGGUGUCCGCGUACCGUCCGAUAACGAGAUAGGGUAGGUAGGCGGUGACUCGUCAGCGAGUGUACGUGUGUGUAUGUGCCGCGUACGAGUGCGGUGUCGUAAAAAUAUAAAUAUACAUUAAAAAAAAAAAAAACGGAUUUCCAAAAAUAGGUAGGUAGUCGGACGUCAGCGUCUCUCCGUGGCCCGUGCAACAGUGCCCACCUCCGUCCUCCACCCGCCCCGCUUGCCACCCGACGGAUGUCCGGGUGCUGGACGCUAUGAAAGAACUUAACCGGUCAGCGUCCACCAAAAAGAAACCGAUCAACAGUUCGAAUGGUAUGAUCAGAAAGGUGUCGUCGCUGUUCAGCCUGGACGCUCAGAUGAACGGCAACGCCAAGCCCGAAUGGAUCGCCGAUGAGAUCGUCUUGGAAAGAGGUGACUCGGGACUGGGCUUCAGCAUAGCAGGCGGUACAGACAAUCCACAGACCGAUGACGAUACGUCUAUAUUCAUUACGAAAAUAAUUCCUGGCGGAACAGCCUACCGAGACGGUCGGUUAUGUGUCAACGAUAUCAUCACCAAAGUCAAUGAUACACCUGUUGUUGGCGUGCCUCAUUCGACUGCAGUGGAUGCACUCAAACGAGCAGGACACACAGUGACAUUAUGUGUAAAACGCAAGAAAAACAUAUUGCCUCUGGGGCCAAAUGUCUUAGAAAUAGAACUCAGCAAAGGCACCAAGGGACUGGGAUUCAGUAUUGCUGGUGGGAUUGGCAAUCAACAUAUACCUGGUGAUAACGGGAUUUUUGUUACUAAAAUAAUGGAUGGAGGCGCUGCCCAAGUAGAUGGUAGAAUAUUGGUUGGUGAUAAACUAGUUGGAGUAAAGAACACUCUUCUUGGCGAUCGUAAUUUAGAAAAUGUAACACAUGAAGAAGCUGUAUGGACAUUAAAAAAUACCCGUGAAAAAGUGAUAUUGGUCAUUGGUAAAACUGAACCAAUCACAUACACAGAUUCUGCGCCAUCGCCGAUCAUUAUUGAUACCAUUCCAAAUUCAUAUUCUACAGACACAUUAAAUACUGUAAAAAGUUAUGAAAGCUUACCAAACAAUGAUGUAAGGACAGUAGUGUUACAUAAAGGUUCAGGGGGAUUAGGAUUUAACAUUGUUGGUGGUGAAGACGGAGAAGGUAUAUUUAUAUCAUUCAUUCUUGCUGGUGGUCCAGCCGAUCAAACUGGGCAAUUAAAAAGAGGAGACACUAUCCUAAAAGUAAAUGAAGUUAGUUUGGAUAAUGCAACACAUGAAGAAGCAGCUGAUGCUCUCAAAAAUGCUGGACAAACUGUUUUAUUAACAGUUCAACAUCGACCUAAAGAUUAUAAUAGGUUUGAAGCUAAAAUUCACGAAUUAAAAUCUCAACUUGCUGCUUCUACUGGCACAUUGAUCCGCACUACUCAGAAAAAAACAUUGUAUGUCCGUACCCUAUUUGAUUAUGAUCCAUCUAGUGAUGAUGGCCUACCUAGUAUUGGACUACCAUUCAAAUAUGGUGCAAUUCUUCAUGUGACUAAUGCAAGUGAUGACGAAUGGUGGCAGGCGCGAAAAGUCUUAGCUACUGGCCGAGAAGAAGGUAUUGGCAUUAUACCAUCCAAACGUCGAUGGGAGCGUAAACAAAAAGCCCGUGAUAGAUCUGUAAAGUUUCGAGGAAACGAAAGCAAAAGUUUAGAUAGAUUAUCAACAUUAGAAAGGAAAAAAAAAUCGAUGACUUUUAGUAGAAGAUUCCCAUGGGUGCGAAGAGGUAAAGAUGGUAAAUAUGAAAAUGGCCUUGACGAUAUGGUAUUGCAGAGGCAAUCUAGAGAAAAUAUAUGUGAAAAGGUUGAAGAAACUCCUUCUUAUGAAGCAGUGGUUCGGCUUCAAAUUUCCUAUACACGACCUGUCAUUAUACUUGGUCCAUUAAAGGAUAAAAUUAAUGAUGACCUAAUUUCAGAAUAUCCAGAACGUUUUAGUUCCUGUGUUCCCCACACAACACGAGAAAUAAGACCAGAUGAAGUUGAUGGUCGUGAUUAUCAUUUUGUAAAAUCUCGUGAACAAAUGGAUCUUGACAUCCAAAAUCAUUUAUUCAUUGAAGCUGGACAAUUCAAUGGCAACCUAUACGGUACAUCUGUUUCAUCUGUUCGUCAUGUUGCCGAAUCUGGUAAACAUUGUAUACUCGAUGUAAGUGGUAAUGCCAUUAAAAGACUUCAAGUUGCUGGAUUGCAUUCUAUAGCAAUAUUCUUUAAGCCAAAGAGUGUAGAAGCAUUAAUGGAAAUGUGCAAGCGUAUGAGCGAAGCAGAAGCAAGAAAACAUGUAGAACGAGCUGCUAAAAUAGAACAAGAAUUUGGUGAUCAAUUUACAGGGAUAGUCCAAGGUGACACAUAUGAAGAAGUAUAUGAUAAUUUAAAAGCAAUGAUUGAAAGAAAUUCCGGUAGACACAUUUGGGUAUCUUCUAAAGAGAAAUUAUAAAGGAUAAAACCAAUUGUAAUAUUUUAGACAAGAUUUAUAACAAAAGAAAUAAUUGACGCUUACUUGUUAUCAGGGGUACAAUUUUUGUGUACUUUCAUCAAUUGUUUUUUGUUUGUCAUUAAUUGUUAUGUUUCUAUUAUGUUAAUGAAUUUUAUUGAACUCUGCAUUUAAUUGUGUAGAACGACUUAAGCAUUCUAAAAAAAAAUAUUAUGGUGGAUGGGUGUAAAAAAACCUCUAGCUUAAUUUGUCCGUAUUUUUUUCUCUUUUGGCAACUAUUUUAAUUUAUGAUUGAAAUGUAGUCUAGUCUCAAUUCUGUACUUGUUACAAUUUCUAUUUGAAAAUUAAUUAUUGUUGAUAUCUAUCAUUUUUUUAUCAUUAACGCAAAAGCCGUGCCAAAGUUCCUUUAAUCAAAUUUAAGUUUAAAUAUAUAGUAAAAAAAUA